GUUACCACUAUAGCUCCAUUAUCGAACGAUCAUGGGCGACUGCGGCGUCUUGUGUCGCUACUUCUUCCAGCAGAUGCUGCUAGAGGCGGACGACUCACGACUGGAGGAGUUCGCGUCGUCUCUGUUGCUGUCAUCACAUCCCACUUUGGCCGAAUUGCGCCGUAAAUUCCCCUUCGAGGGCUCGUACCAUUUCCGUCUUCAGGUUGACACGUCGAAUGGCUAUUGCUGGAGGGACCUGAUGGACGAGAACCGCGUUCUUCCAGUCUCUAGCAAUGGGGAAAUCCAUGUAAAGGUGCUGCAGCUAUCACCAGCCGACGAGGGGGACAGUACACCAGCCAUACACGAAGAUCAUGUGGAUGUGCCUGAAGAUCGACACUUCCGCGCCUUCUUCCACUGGCAAAAUAAACCCCAGAGCGAGGGAUAUCCCAUGCCACAGCCGCAACAAACACAGCAAGACGUAGGCUCUGUGCUCUUUGGCGUCAAGAAGGCGCUGGCAUCCAAGAUGAAAGGAUCCGCUAUGGCUCAGACAUUACAAAAACACUCAGCGCAGAUGUGGGAGAAAGUCACGGCCGCUGCAGGAGUCGGGGGAGCAGCAGGGAAUGCACCACCUACAGCGACGGCAUUGGCGCAAUUGGCCAAGCUCAUUGGUGUCAUGAAGGCCCCUCUACACCCUGGGAAUCAUGAACAUGUUGAGUUUCUCCAGAGACUGUGGACGUCUUGCUUCGACUCGAAGCCGUUCGUAGUGACGAGUCCAGAGUGGAAUCGACUGGGCUUUAGACAUGGAGACCCUAUGCGUGAGAUGCAGUUCUUACUGCCUCUACAGUGUCUUGUAUACUUCCACGAGGUGCGUCGCACUGUGGCAUUGCCUAUUCUGAACGACCAGAGCGGCCCAGAGGCCUUUUCGUACGCACUGGUGGGCUCACAGAUUGCGUAUGUGCUCGCUGAUAUACUGCAACUGAAAGAUGGAAGUUGUCUGGGCUCAGAACGUCCGUUCUGGAGGCUUUUUGAGGACCCGGUGGCCUUCUUUGAGUUGUUCUGCAUCGCCUUCCGUGCCUUCGCUUCUUCUUGGAAGCUCAACUCGACCAACUCGUACGACGUCAACGUCCACCUCAAUUACGUGGGUGACUUCACUCAAGAACUACUGCGUCGUGGUCCUGAGGAUGUAAACAGCCUCGUCGAGCACGCUUAUCAGUUGCAGAACUGGUAGACAGACAAUCAAACGGAUCAUACCCAGAUGCUCCAUAAAAUAUGCAAGGUACAUGUAUACACAUUGAUAAGUGCCUUGUUACGCUUGCAGCUGAACCGCAAGCAUCGCCUGGAUGAGUUCUUCUACACUUGGCGUGUCAGAAUUGGACACAGCAGAGUGUGGGAACGUCUUGCGCAGUUUGUCCAUCACUUCUUUACGCUUUUCAGGAGUGUUUAUCUGAGCAAACACGGGGCUUUCCCUCACUUUAUCCGCCUGCAAUAGAACGAAACCAGGUGAACUAUGGAACGUAAAGAGACAGUAGUGUGUAGUGCCAUACCAGCGUAGAGUCCUGUAGGCCUCGAAUGAGAGUUUCCUGCACGUCUCGGUACACGAAAACUGUGCCAGAAGUGCUGAUGCCCACAAUGGUGGGGUCAAUAUGAGCGGAGAAAUCUCGAAUACCCACUAAAUUUCCCAUACACAUAAGGUUAAUAAAAUCCAAGGAC